GAGCAGGGCCUGGCCUUGUGCUGGGAGCCUGCACCUCUCCGCCCUGGGCUGGCUCAGCCACAUCACAUGUGUUUGGCUGGGGAGGGGCAUCCACCUAGCUCCUAAAUGUACCUAGCUGGGAACUCCUUGUGCCGUGCUGUGCUGUCUGCUCUGCCUGGGCUGGGCAGGGGCUGGCCCUGGGCAGGAAGCAUUGUGUGGCACUGUGCAAGAUGGGAUGGAGGCUGUCAGCAUCGGGGCCUUGGCCUCGGACCCCCAAAGCCACCCACUCCCCAGGGGAGUGGAGGGACUCCAUUGCUGCGUGUCCUUGCUAGGCUUCCCCAAGAGCCCCAGCCUCUGGGGUGGCUGCAUUGCCCUUGCUCUGCCCAGCUAGGCAAUGGGAGCUGGGACUGCUGCCUGGAGUGUCCCCUGGGCCUAGGUUCCCACAGUGAGCCUGUGGCAUUGAGGCCAGCUGCGUCCUGUUCCCAUGAGCUGCCAGGCUGAGUAGACUGCUGUUCCCAGAUGCCCUCUGGCUGUGUUCAUGGUGUGAGGGCCUGGCUAGCACCCAGCAGGCUGCCCUGGGCCAGGGGCUGCUGUCCUGCCCUGCCCAUCGCUGGGGCUGUGUCCUAGCUCCCGUCAGGCUGGGGGCUGACAGUAGAACUCCUUCCAGUCUGGGGAAGGACUGCAGUACCUGGGCCCCUCCUGCCAUGUAUGCCUCCCCCAAGCCUGGUAACAAGGUCUGAGCGGGGUGGCCUGUCCUCUCCCUUUCAGUGACCAUGGGCUAAGCUAGGUUCCUGUCGCCGCUGUCUCCUUGCUUACCCAGACUAGACAGGGACCUUAGGCUGGAGGGUGGGUCUAGACUGAACGUCCCUCUUUCUGGCCCAGCAGGGGUGACCUGGUGCAUGGCGGGUGGCCAAGGGCUCUGGGAGCAAGGCCCCUGGGUUCUGUGCCAUGGUGCUGGCCCCUCUGAGCCCGUUGCCUCGCUGUGACAGGCUCGCAGUGCGCCCAAGUGCUGAUGUGAUGUGACUUCAGUGGGCUGAGUGUUGCCUCCCCUGGGCUGGCUGAACCCCCUGCUGGGGAGUGGCCUGGCUUGGCCAUGUGGGCUGUGGCAGGGCCCUGGGUCUGCCCAGCACAGCUGCUUGCUAGAUCCGUCUGUAGUAAAAUAAAGAUUCCUGUUCUUGUAACUGGCUCCUAGUCGUCUUUGCUGCCAGGAGGGGUGCCACCAGGGCACCAGCUGCCAGCUCUGCAGUGGUGGCCUGGGGCGCCCUGGGGUCUGCAGCCCAGCAUAAUGCUGUGCCAGCUCUGGGGCUGAGCUGUAGCAGCUGGGGGAAACAGCUCUGCUUUGCUGUCUGCAGAGCCUGGCCGCCUUCCCCUAGUGCUGGCCCCUGACCUGCAGCAAACCCAGCUCCAGUGCACCAUGCAGCUUGCAUAGGCUGCUGUCCAUGGACCCCUCUGGGUUGCUGGCCCAGGUCCCUCAAGGGUGGGCAUUGCUGCAGGCUGGGGAACAGGGCUCCUGGCUUUUCCACUCCUGCUUGGUGUAAGGCACAGCUCCAGCCGCCAGUGCUGCCUUUGGUCCUCCAGGAGGAGCUGAACCCAGCUGACCCGGGGCCUGGGGAUUGGCCACUGUGGGCUAGCUGGAGAGGCCCUGGAUCCUGGAGUGAGAGCCAGGUGUCUGGGCUGGACCUGUCUUCGGUGACCAUGCUGAAGGUGGAGCCUGAUCACGGUUCUGCAGCCCCCAGGGCCCCAGCUGCUCCAGGCCCUGCCAGCCGCCCGCCCUGGGCUGUGGAUCCUUCCUUUGCUGAGCGCUAUGCCCCCGACAAGACCAGUACCGUGCUGAGCAAGCACAGCCAGCCGGCCAUGCCCACGCCCAUGCAGAACCGCAGCUCCAUUGUCCAGGCCGUGCAGCAGCCCCCCGAGGGCACCAGCAAAACCCCCAUCUGCUACCAGUGCAACAAGGUCAUCAGGGGACGCUACCUGGUGGCCCUGGGGCAUUACUACCACCCGGAGGAGUUCACAUGCUGCCAAUGCAGGAAGGUGCUGGAUGAGGGGGGCUUCUUUGAGGAGAAGGGCUCGGUCUUCUGCCCCAAGUGCUAUGACAUGCGCUAUGCCCCCAGCUGUGCCAAGUGCAAGAAGAAGAUUGGUGGGGAGAUCAUGCAUGCUCUGAAGAUGACAUGGCACGUGCAGUGCUUCACUUGCGCCGCCUGCAGAACUCCCAUCCGCAACCGUGCCUUCUACAUGGAGGAGGGGCAGCCCUACUGCGAGAGAGGGGGGUGCUCUGGGGAGGCCCGUCUCAGCCCGCUCUCUCCCCAGACUAUGAGAAGAUGUUCGGCACAAAAUGCCGUGGCUGCGACUUCAAGAUUGAUGCUGGUGACCGGUUCCUGGAGGCACUGGGAUUCAGCUGGCACGACACCUGCUUCGUCUGUGCGAUCUGCCAGGUCAGCCUGGAAGGGAAGACGUUCUACUCCAAGAAGGACAAACCCCUCUGCAAGAGCCAUGCCUUCUCCCAUGUGUAAGGGGAGGCUCCAGCUGCCACACCGCACACGUUGGCCCUGCAUGCAUCUCUGUCUGCCCCUUCUCUCUUGCUCCAUGGGGCCCCAGGGAGAAGGGGUUGGAGCCACCCCUCCCUUUGCCACCUUUGGCCUAGGCAGCACCUUGCUCUGGCCUACCUUUAGAGGCAAAGCUGAGUUUGCUGCUCUCUUGACCCUCAAUGGCCUGUCUUCUGUCUGGACUAUGUGCCCCCUGCCCCUCUGGUGGUCUCAGCUGGGCCUGCAGGGGGACCAGGCUCUUCUGGGGCCACCUGUCCCCUCCUUUCUGUACCCUCAACCAGAUGAGCCAGGCACCUCACCUGGGGGCUGGACCUAUCCCAUGCUGAGCCCAAGGGUGAGAGAGGCUUGCUGGAGCAGGGCUGCUCUGACCCUAAGAGGUGACCAGCCUUGGUGCCAGCUGGAUCUAUCCUCCUUCCCCCCGCCACCCCCCCCCCCCGGCCAUGCUAGCUGGCUGGAAGCUGUGGUGUGGGUGAGGGAAUCCUGCAGGGAUGCUCCGUUUCCCCCUUACCAGGGGCCAUGGCUCAGCAUCUCCCUGGCCUUGCUGCAAGCCCCCAGGCUCGCUGUGCAAGGAGCCCUUACUUCAUGGGCAGGACACUCAUACAGUCCCUGAGCCCAGGCCUGCUUGGUGCCUGUUCUUGGUUGUCCUGGAAGGAGCUAGUCCACACCAGCCACAUGGCCACAGCAAAAACUACUGGCCUUGUUCCUGCCACCGCACAGCUGCUAUCCUACCUGGACCACACACCUGUCCUGGCCCCACAGCCCCAUGCUGGGGCCUGUGCUGAGAGGUGGGGUGGGUCUCUGCCCCUGUGCUAUCUGGUGCCCUCUGUGAAGGCUUUUCCCAGCUCCAGCCCUACAGUGUGCCAAGCUGAGGCAAUAGCAGACUUGCUGCAACUCUGCAGACAGGGAGGUGAGGGGAAGCUGAAACCUGUAUGGAAGAGGAAACCCUUCACCCUGCCUGCAGAAGGUGCUACUUCACUGGGGGGGCUGCGGGGCAAGAAGCUGGGCCCUCUACGAAACAGGCAUUGACGGCCCAUGACCUGGGAAAUGAGUUUGCUGGCAGCUUGGCCACCUUACCCAGAGCUGCCCUGCCUGGGCGGGGCGGUGCCUGGUUUAGCCACGGUGCUUUUAGUGCCUUAAUAAACGUCUCUGGCAAGUG